AUUUCAAAACGACCAGCCUGUGAGGGCAACAUCUUCAAUACCUAGGCAAUCUCAUCACAGCAGUACAGCAGUGACAUUUGGAGGAGGAGAAGCGAAGAGUUGACGAAGAUUCAUCGUGAAAAGGGGAUUGUUCGUCAUCACUAGGUCUAUUCUCAACAUGUCUCGCAGCGCUGCUUCGCUCUUUGCCUCUAGUUCAUCCACCGCUCUCCGUCCACAAUGUCGAGGAUAUUUCGCUCAGGCAGGUAGUAGCAGUACUUCUCAUCGACCGAUACCUGCCUGUCGACCCGUCACCAUCUCCUGUCAUCGACAACAAUCUACAUCCCGAUUUCUCUCACACGACACACCAGAAUCCCCAUUGGCAAGUUCUUCAGCACAACCUUCUCCCCCCGCUGUCGAACGACUGUUUUCCCCUGGAUCCUCUUCUGCUACUGGGGCCGAAAGUUUCCAGCGCAGAACCCACACACCCAAGGGCUCAAAUCACGCUACCCCCCUUACGACUUCAGCCAAUCAAACCACAACGCCCGAGGCUGCACAAAAAUUCUUGAAAGAUUUACUAUCCCUUCCUCCCGAUCGUCAAUUCUCACCGUCCCUCAGUAUCCAGAUCGUCACUCAUAAAUCAUAUCAAUGGACGAACAUGAGAUCGGCACCUCGACCCCAGCACUAUCCGCGAGACAGAUCGACUUCAGCACAGAUCCUCAAUCUUAGUGGAAGAUCGAAACCUUUCGAACACCCCUUUGGCUCGGCACCACUAGACGACGACGGUGCUUGGUAUGCUGCGCAUAAUGGUCGACUUCAAUUUCUUGGCAGGAGAGCUAUAGCGACAUAUCUCCCACUGUUCAUCCACUCGAGCUUGAGACACGGAGGAAUGCGUCUUGGGGAUCUCGAUCUCCUGGGUAAAAAAACACUAGCUCGAAGAAUCGACGAUAUCCGAGAGACGGCGAAUCUUGGAAGGUUUGUGGGAGAAAGUUGGAAUAUCAGACAGGUCAUGCGAUCUGAUCUCAAUCAGAACGCCAUUUCAACCUCAUUCCAAACCAUUCAAGGAUCAGUGGUCGAAGCCAUUGUUGGCGCAGUCUUUUCCGAGUUUGGAUCACCAGCCGCUCAAAGAUUGUUCCAUUCACGUGUGCUUCCGAAACUUGUCGAUGCCGAUGCGAAGUUGUUCGCAGACCCAUACUUGAGGGAAAAGAUCACGGCGCUCAAGGAACAAAUCAAGGUCGAAUGCAAAGGAGGAUUCUUGAUCCCUUCAGAGGGGCUCAAUAGGGCUUCGGCUUCGGCUUCGGCUCCGGCUCCGGCUCAGAGCCAUCCUAUGUCGAUGCUGGCUGGUGGAACGACUGCCCCCGAUGGCUCAGACGUGGCGGCCGAACUCGAAGAGGAAGAGUAUGUCAUGGAGAAAAGGUUCGCAAUGGGUUAAAAGAUGAAGAACAAGAACGUAUACUGUAAUACCUAGAGCCUGACUCUCAGAGUCUAAUGCUCCUCCAUUUGCAUUGCAUCAUUACGACAG